AUGGGGACACCUAGGGCAGUGAAAAGUCAGGCUAUAGCAGAUUUAUUGGCACAGUUUCCAGGAGAGGAAGAAUUCCCGCUGGAUGAUGAAGUUCUAGGGGAAGUAGCCAUGGCAGAAGAAGUCAGGGAACAGUGGGUGAUGAAAUUUGAUGGGUCUUCUACCACUCAUUCCGAAGGGAUGGGAGUAGUUUUGUAUCAUGAAGAAGACAAGGCAGAGGCGCUAUCAUUUAAGCUAGAAUUCCCCUGUUCAAACAACACAUCCGAGUACGAAGCCUACCUAAUCGGGCUUGCCAUGGCUCUCGAAAUGGGAGUCAAACAUUUGAGGGUACUGGGAGAUUCGAACUUGGUUGUCUGCCAGGUCAAGGGAAGCUUUUCCUUAAAGGAGCCUAGCCUAGUCCCAUACAGAGCUAUGGCCCAGAGAAUGGAAGAAAAAUUUUCAACAUUCGAAAUAGAGCAUGCUCUGAGGAACGAAAACCGGUUUGCAGACACAUUAGCCGCACUAGGUUUGCAAAUAAUCUUCAAAGGGAGUAGCACCAGAAUAGAAGUCAGCAAGAAGGAAGAAUCCAUCAUUGAGGUGUUGAAGGAAAUGUUUCGGGAGGAACAGGGCGAAAGGGAUUGGCGGCUCCCAUAA